AUGGCAGAAUCGCAAUUGCUAUGUUACUUCGGAGCCGACAAUGCUCCCACCCAGUCAACCUGGAGAGAAGAGCAUUUGAACAGAUGGUAUUCCCAGGCGGAUUACUUCGAUAAGUGGUCGACGCCACCGGAUGGGCUCUCUUAUAGCGGCUAUACUCUUGCGAAAGAGAUGGACGCUCUGAAGCUCCCGAAGAAACUCGGAGACCGCGGAUUGACACAAUUUUACUGGGCCCAGGAUCAAGAGUUCGAGUUCAAUGGCAAGUCAUUCCCGCUUGGAACGCAAGGAUCCUAUAUGGGCACGAUAAACGUCGAGAGGGGCUUCAUCUCAGCAGAAGGCAAUAGAAGCCCUUUCCAAAAGAAAAAUGACCCUUAUCCGCCCCUUUACAAGAUGUCGGGCGUCUACUUCCUCGAAUGGCAGAGACAAGCCACUGAAAAUAAGAACAUCAAGAAACUCAGGUAUUUUUUUCGGUACCACAUUAAAAACGAGGAUACUCUGACUAUCAUUCAGAAGAUCACGAAUGGAUUUACAGCCCUCACGGAAUGGCCAGGAACCGAAUUCGUGAUUCAUAAAAAGACAAAAGGCCAGGUUCAGGAUACCGACGAAGGCAAGGCACUUCUGAGGACUCCCAACGGGGUGGGAGUCGCCUAUUUCCUUCUCACUAAUAAAAGAGUGUUGGGUAAAAGGAUACCGGAUACAGUCAGAAUUUGGAAGACUCAAGAAGGGCCGAAUGCAAAGGACUUCUGGGUGCACAUGUUGUUUCAUAUUGUUGAGUACAAAGGUAUCUAG